CCCGCCGCCGUCGCCUUCUCCUCCUCCUCUCCUCUCCUCAUUUGUGAAAUCUGAGCUUGUCUGAAUAAAACGAAGCCCGAUUCCUACAGCGAUUCCAGUGUUGGAUUUUCAGGUCUUACUAGAGAAAUUUGCGAGUCUACUACUUGUUUUCAAGUCAUUUUAAUAUGUCAUCAAGAAUUGCUUCAAUCCGGCUAGUAAGUUCUCAUCGUGAGGUCUACGAACCGUGUGAUGAUUCAUUUGCUCUAGUCGAUGCAUUACUCGCUGAUCGAACCAACCUGAUAGAGCACAACCCCAAGGUUUGUAUGGAGAUCGGAUCCGGAAGCGGGUAUGUCAUAACUUCGCUUAUACUUCUUCUGAAAAACGAAGUUCCUGGUGUUCAUUACCUCGCCACUGACACGAACCCGAUAGCUGUAAGAGUGACGAAAGAAACUCUGGAAGCACAUGGGGUUGAUGCUGAUGUUGUCUGCGCGGAUAUAGCUACUGGUCUUGAUAAGAGACUUGCUGGAUCAGUGGACGUGAUUGUUGUGAAUCCGCCUUACGUGCCUACACCAGAGUACGAAGUUGGAAUGGAAGGCAUCGCCUCUGCUUGGGCUGGAGGGGAGAAUGGCCGGACUGUUAUCGACAAAAUCUUGCCUGUGGUUGAUCUUUUGCUUUCCGACAAAGGUUGGCUCUACUUGGUGACAUUGACUUCUAAUUUCCCGGAAGAGAUCUGUCUGAUGAUGAGAAAGAAAGGUUACGCGUCUAGAAUUGUGGUUCAGAGAUCAACAGAAGAGGAGAACCUCCUUAUUCUUAAGUUCUGGAGAGACCAAGAUGAGGUGAGCCACAAGGAGAUCUCAUCACCAACGUUUCUUGCGCACUUCUCUAGAUCUUUAUCAUUGCUUAUGGAGAAACGAUGGCGUUGAUACUACAAAACACUGAUUGAAUCUCAUUUAGGAUUCUUUGUUAUCAAGUUAUAAACACUCUUUCUCAUUCUUUGUUAAAUAUGCUAUCGAAUCUUUCAUUUUUUUUAAGUCUGAUUAAAAAGUUCA